UUUGCUACACUGAACCUCACGCGGUUGAACAAAUACGAUGACAUCACAGCGCUGUGUCUCCACCCCUCUCCGGCAGAAGAAGCGGAAGUUCCGUUGUGACCUGGGAUAGCAAGCGCCUGCUGACAGUUUCUUUCUAAAAUCGUCUGCACUCCUCACAUUGUAUGUGUGGCAACAACAUGUCUGUACCCCUGCUCUCUGAAGCCGUCACAGUGCCUGGGACGGAGAAGGAAACGGCUGUGGUGAUCUUCCUUCAUGGCUUGGGUGACACAGGACACGGCUGGGCUGAUACCAUGACGUCUAUUCGACUGCCAUACAUCAAAUACAUCUGCCCACAUGCACCCCGAAUCCCUGUAACACUCAACAUGAAGAUGACUAUGCCCUCAUGGUUUCAUUCGAUUAACUUAAGCCCAGAGUCACCGGAGGAUGAAGCAGGGAUUAAGAGAGCAGCAGAGAACAUAAAGGCCAUCAUCGAUCACGAGGUAAAGAAUGGUAUACCAUCCAGUCGUAUCAUUCUUGGUGGCUUCUCUCAGGGUGGAGCUCUCUCGCUCUACACCGCUCUGACCUCUCAGCGGCAGCUAGCGGGUGUUGUUGGACUUAGUUGUUGGCUUCCACUUCACAAGACUUUCCCACAGGCUGCAAGUGGGAGUGGAAACAAGGACACUCCCAUUCUGCAGUGUCAUGGCGAGAUGGAUCCCAUGAUCCCGGUGCAAUUCGGGGCCAUGACAGCAGAGAAGCUCAAGACCAUAAUUUCUCCUCAGAAUGUCACCUUCCGCUCCUACCCGGGUCUCAUGCAUAGCUCCUGUCCACAGGAGAUGUCUGCUGUGAAGGAAUUCAUUGAAAAGAAGUUGCCCCGAGUCUGACCUCAUUCUAGCUCACUGUGACCCUUAGACACUGACCUCUCUCACCUCUGACCUGCCAUUCUCUCACAGGAAACAGCCAUGAUCCCCUACAACACAUGCGCAUGCACAUUCAGUUGUACAUACUGUGAACAUGCAACACAUGCAUACCAUGUCAUCUCACACCUUUCUUAGUAAUUUCAUACAUUAGUGGACAUUCAUUAAAAAGGUGAUAUUAUAAUUGGCAUUCGUACAUAGAAUAAUAUUCCAUGAAAGUCUUUUGGCCUUUUCUUUAAAGAAGACUCAUUAACUUUCAUUAUACAUUCCUGUACGUGUUACAUCUUAAACCAUUAUCCAGUAUCUCUCUCCCCUACUCUUCUGUCUCUUUCUCUCAAUAAGCAAGGCGGUAAAGGUAACAUUUUGCUAGACAGCUCUGUAACAGAACUCGGGAGAGUUCAGAUGCUGCACAUCUGUGGUGUUGGUGGAGGAAGCUAGUGAGAGCCUGGUGCCGUCUGGAGUGACUCGCGUUGCGCUGCUCUGCAUGCUAGUCCCAUGGUGCAUGCCUGCGGUGGGGCUUUAUUGGGAUGCUGCAAAUCAUACUUGUGCUGAAAUAUCUUUGGAUUUUUUUUGUUUUUUUUACUAGAAAUAUGAGAAAGGCAAG